CUCGACCAAGAUGGCGGCGCCCACGUCGGUGCGGCGGUGAUCGGGGGCAAUGCUGGCGCUGCGGACGGCGCUGGGACGGGGCCUGGCGGGGACGGGCCGCGGCGGGGCCGCUUGCAGUCCCUUUAUUCAGACGGCAAGAUGUUACGCCAGACCUGUGAGAAGGAGGUUGAAAGACAUCCCCAGCCAUUUGGAUGAUCUUCCUCCAACGAUGCUGAAGAAAGAUUAUGCCAAUGUCCCAAUCAUAAAUAGUGUUGAUGAUGUAGUGAGGAGACUGUUGUCCCUGGAAAUGGCAAGCCAGAAGGAGAAGGUGAAAAUAAAGACACAGCAGCUAGUGGAGAAGGUCAGGAGGUCUCCCAAUGACAAUGGCUCCAUUGAGGUACAAGUUGCUAUGUUGACUGCCAAGAUACGCACUUACGAGGAACAUCUUCAGAAGCAUCCCAAGGAUAAAAACAACCGUCGCCGCAUGCUGAUGGAUAUAGAUCGCCGGAAGAGACUACUGGCAUAUCUCCGCCGUGUCCGCUAUGAUACCUUUGAGAACACCUGCAAGCAGCUGAAUAUCCAGUACACCCUGCCCCCUCCCUACAGCAGAAGGAUCACCAAGCGCUGGCGGGUGAAGAAGGCUCUCUGUCUCAAGGUUUUUGAGGAGGUGCGGAAGAUGAAAGCUGAAGAGAGAUUAAAGCAGAGAAAAGAGCGGCGAGCAAGAGUGAGGGCUGCGAAGGAGAAGCAGGCACAGUGCGAGGGCACCCCAGUGUAGCAGCGCACUGAGGCUGUGACAGGGCCAGUCUCUUUAACAAUAAAUAACUACCUAAA